AUGGGGACCAUUGGCAGGAUUCAGGGAACCCUAGGAACUAAUGAUUAUCCUUUGGGAAAGGGCUUUCCUGUUCAGGCCUGCCAGUACCUUGGCCAGCUUGCGAGUGCUGCAGUGGGAUGGAGUGGAGCCCAGGACCCCACACUUCUCACAGUUAGCCAGAAGGUGGUGCUGCCGCUUCAUUCGAUCCAGGAUUGCCCAAGCUUGUGGCUGCUGAGAUUUUCUGGCUUCCUGGGCUUCAGCAGGACACCUGAUAUCAUCACAUUAGGGGCUCCCUCCGCACUGUCCUGUCCUGUGGCCAAGGCAGAUAUAUCAGUACCCUUACAUUCACUGCAAUUCAACAAUAUGAUGAGGGAGGAAAAUAGUGACUCCUCAAACAGGGAGACAACCUUCUCUAGACCAAUGACAGAGACCACAGCAGAGGACCAAAUUCUGCAUUCUCAUGCACAGUUGCCUAUAGUCUCAACUUCAGCUUUAGACCCUGGAGGGAUAUCUACACAGCUGAUGACAUCCCCGGCCUUUGACACCAUGUCCACACCUCUAAUGGGAACACCAAAUUCUGGAGCAUUGUCUCCACCAUUAAUGUCAAACUCAGACUCUGAGACGCUGUCCCCAUUGCUAAUGCCAGCCUCAGACCCUGGAGCACUGUCUCCAUUGCUAAUGCCAACCUCAGACCCUGGAGCACUGUCCCCAUUGCUAAUGCCAGCCUCAGAUUCUGGAACAUUGUCCCCAUUGCUGUCCACUUCAGACUAUGGGUUAAUGUCCCCAGGGAUGAUGACUAUUCCUGAUUUUGGAACGAUGUCCACAGCACUAAUGGCAGCAUCAGAUUCUGCAGAGUUAUCACCAUUGGCAAUGCCAGUUCAAUCCUCUGGAACAAUGUCUACACCUAUAAUGAGCACCUCAUCCUCUGAGGCAAUGUCCACACCGUUAAUGCUAGCCUCAGAUCCUGGGGCGAUGUCCCCACUCCUAACACCAGAUAUAAACCCUGGACUGAUGUACACACAGCCAAUGCCAGCUCCAGGCUCUGAAGCAAUGUCCCCACUGCAAAUUACAGAUGAAGACACUGAAGCAAUGUCGAAAGUGCUAAUGACUGCCUUAGCCUCUGGAGAGAUAUCUUCACUGCUAAUGUCAGACAUGGACUCUGAAGUGUUAUCCUCACUGAUAAUGUCAGCUCUAGCUUCUGAAGAAACAUCAACCCAGCCAACAAGCACCCAAGACUCUGAGGGAAUGUCCACUCCACUCAUGACAAGCCCAGACGCUGGAGUAAUGUCUUCACUGCUAAUGUCAGCUCCAGGCUCUGCAGCACAGUCCACACCACUACGGUCAGUCCCAGAUGCUAGAGAAAUAUCCACACAAAAGCCAGCUCCUGACACUGAAGCAAUGUCCUCACUGCUAAUGAUGGCCCUAGCCUCCGGAAUGAUGCCAGCCCAACCGAAGCCAGCCCCAGGUUCUGGAGUGAUGUCCCCACGGUUAACACAAAAGCUGGACUCUGAAAUCAUGUCUGCUCCACCAAUGACAGCAACAGCCUCUGGGAUGAUGUCCACCCCACCAGUGAAAGCUUCAGACUCUGGAGCAAUGUCCACACCGCUAAUGAGAGCCCCAGCCUCUGGAAAUAUGUCCACAUUGCAAAAGACAGUUCCAGCCUCUAGAGCAAUGUCCACCCCACUGAUGACAGUCACAAGUUCUGGAGCAAGGUCCACAGAACAAAUGUCAACCACAGCCUCUAGAGUGAUGUCCACACAGUUAACAAUGGCCAAAACUUCUGGAGCAACGUCCACAGGCUUUAUGAAAGCCACGGCCAAUGGAGCAAUGUCCACACAGCGAAUGAGAGCACCAGACUCUGGAACUGCGCCCACACUGCUAAGGAGAGCCUCAGCUUCUGAAGUGAUGUCCAUGCAGCCAGUUAUGGCCACGGCCUCUCAAAUAAUGUCCAUGCCACAGUUGACAGCCUCAGCCUCUGGGUCAAUGACCAUGCUGCAAAUGAGAGCCCCUGUCUCUGAAGCAAUGUCCAUGUCACAAAUGAGAACCACAGCCCCAGGAUUGACAUCCACAUCACAAAUGAGAGCCAUGGCCUCUGGAUCAACAUGCACACUGUUAAUGAGAGACACAGCCUCACGAGUAAUGUCCAUGCCACAAAUGAGCGCUCCAGCCUCUGGAGCAUUGUCCAAGCCACUAAAGACAUCCAAACCCUCUGGGACAAUGUUCAUGCAGCAAAUGACAACUGCAGCUUCUGAAGAGAUGUCCACACUGCUAAUGAGAGACACAACUUCUGGAGCUCUGUCUGUGCCACAAAUGACAGAUGUAGCCUCUGGAGGGAUGUCCACACGGCUAAUGAGAGCCACAGACUCUGGAGCUAUGUCCAGGCCACUAAUGAGAGCCCCAGGCCCUGGAGUAAUGCCCGCAUCGCUAAUGAGAGCCACAGCCUCUGGAAACAUGCCCAGUCAGUCAACAAACACCCAAGACUCUGGAGGGAUGUCCACGUUGCUCAUGAGAUCCAUGACCUCUGGAGGAAUGCAGACAAGAGCCCCAGCCUGUGACAUGAUGUCCACACCAACAAUGAGAGCCUGGGCCUCUGGAGCAAUGUCCACACCACUAAAGAGAGCCUCAGACUCUGGAGAGAUGUCUGCACUGCUCACAAGAGCUUCAUCCUCUGGAGAGAUGUCACUGCCACUGAGACCCCCAGCUUCUGGAGGGAUAGCCACCCCUCUGAAAUCCCCAGCUUAUGGAACAAUGUCUGCUCCACAAAUGACAGCCACAGCCUCUGGAAUGAUGUCCAUGCCGCAAAUGAAGGCUCCAGUCUCUGGAGGAAUAUCCAUGCCACUAAUGAGAUCCACAGCCUCUGAAGCUCUGUCCAUGCCUCAGAUGACAUCCAUAGCCCCUGGAGGGAUGUCCAUGCCACUGAUGAGAACCCCAGUCUCUAGAGCAAUGUGCACACCACAAAUGAUACCCACAGCUUCUGCAGACAUGUGCACAGUACCAAUGCGAGCCCCAACCUCUGGAGGGAUGUCCCCACCACUAGUAAAAACUCCAGCUUUUGGAACUAUGUCCAUACCACUAAGGAGACCCUCGGCCUCUGAAGCUGUGUCCACAGAGUUAAUGAGAACUCCAGCCUCUGGAAAGAUGUCCAUUACACAAAUGACAGCAAUGGCCUCUGGAGGGAUGUCUAUGCCACUAAUGAAAACCACGGCCUCUGGAACAAUGCCCACACUGCACACCAAAGUUGCAAGCUGUAGAUCUAUGUCUUUGCCACGAACAACAUACACAGCUUCUGGAGGGAUGGCCACAGCACAACUCAGAGGCUCAGCUUCUGGAGCAACGUCCACACCCCAUAUGAGAGGCUCAGCUUCUGGAGCAACGUCCACACCACUUAUGAGAGGCUCAGCUUCUGGAGCAAUGCCCAUGCCACUACUGAGAGCCACAGCCUCUGGAGGGAUGCCCAUGCCACAAAUGACCACCACAGCCUCUGGAGGAAUGUCUACACCCCUAAUGAGGGCCCCAGCCCCUAGAGCAAUGUUCACACCACAAACAGCCUUUGGGAUGAUGUCCACUCUGGAGAUGAAAGCCACAGACUCUGGAGGGGCAUCUACCUCUUACGUCAACGCCACAGCCUCUGGCUCAAAGUUCACACCUUACAUGACUGCCACAACUCCUGAUACAAUGAACCCACCACCAAAGGAAGUGCCAUCCCUCGGAAUGUUGACCCCAGCACUCUGUUACCUCUUGGAAGAGCAGGAAGCGGCCCGGGGUUCAUGCUCUGUGGAGGAAGAGAUGGAGGUUGAUGAGGAGAAGCAAAUGAAGGGAUUUUUGGAUGAUUCAGAGAAAAUGGCAUUUCUGGUGUCUCUUCAUCUGGGGGCAGCAGAGAGGUGGUCCAUCUUGCAGAUGACGGCAGGAAACCCCCUCUCAGAUGAAAAUAAAUCUUUCCUGAGAAGAUCACAGGGUUUAUAUGAUUCCCUAUCUGAGAUAGACAUACUCAGUGCCAUUCUUUGCCAUCCCAAGCAGGGCCAGAAGUCAGUCAGGCAGUAUGCCACUGACUUCCUCCUGCUGGCCCGACAUUUGUCUUGGUCUGAUGCCAUUCUACGGACUAGGUUUCUGGAAGGACUUUCGGAAGCUGUUACCACCAAAAUGGGUCGGAUCUUCCUGAAGGUGGCCAGCAGCCUAAAGGAGCUGAUAGACAGGUCUCUCUACACUGAGUGCCAGUUGGCUGAAGAGAAGGGUUCCCAGGGCAAGUCAAGCCAGGUUCAGCCAACAGCCUGUAAGCGGAAUAAUGAGGAGGCCAUGGAGAAUGAACUGAGCUCUCAGCAGCAGACCGAGGAGCACCAGCAUGUUCCCAAACGCUGUUACUACCUGAAAGAGCAUGGAGACCCUCAAGAGGGUCUUCACGACCACCUUCGACAGAGCACAGGCCAUCAGAAGGCCCGCACUGACAAGUAA